UUUCCACGGGACACAUUCUGACGUGGUGUCGCAUUUGAAGGUCUUAUGUGCACAGGUGAAGGUGGUUAAGUUCAGCUACAUGUGGACGAUAAAUAACUUCAGCUUUUGCCGGGAGGAAAUGGGAGAAGUGCUAAAGUCGUCCACGUUUUCAGCAGGAGCCAACGAUAAAUUAAAAUGGUGCCUAAGAGUGAAUCCUAAGGGUCUGGACGAGGAGAGCAAAGACUACCUGUCUCUAUAUCUCCUUCUCGUUUCGUGCAACAAAUCCGAAGUCAGAGCAAAGUUCAAAUUUUCUAUUCUUAAUGCCAAAAGAGAAGAAACCAAAGCAAUGGAGAGCCAACGUGCUUACAGGUUCGUCCAAGGUAAAGAUUGGGGUUUUAAGAAAUUCAUUAGAAGAGAUUUCUUGUUGGACGAAGCCAACGGACUCUUGCCCGACGACAAACUCACGAUAUUCUGUGAGGUGAGCGUGGUGGCGGACAGCGUGAACAUUUCCGGGCAAAGCAACACCAUACAGUUCAAAGUUCCCGAGUGUCGAUUGCCGGACGACCUCGGGCUUCUGUUUGAAAACCAAAAAUUCAGCGACGUCACGCUGACGGUGUGCGGGAGGGAAUUUCAGGCGCACAAAGCCAUCCUCGCAGCGCGAAGUCCCGUUUUCUCGGCGAUGUUCGAGCACGAGAUGGAGGAGAGGAAACAGAACCGCGUGGACAUCACCGACGUGGACCAUGAGGUGCUGCGAGAGAUGUUACGGUUUAUAUAUACCGGGAAGGCCGCGAAUUUGGAGAAAAUGGCGGACGAUUUGCUAGCCGCGGCGGAUAAGUACGCGUUAGAAAGGUUGAAGGUCAUGUGCGAGGAAGCGUUAUGCACGAGUUUAGCGAUCGAGAACGCAGCUGACAUCCUGAUCCUCGCCGAUCUUCACAGCGCCGAUCAACUCAAGGCACAGGCCAUAGAUUUUAUUAACACACACGCGACAGACGUGAUGGACACGGCUGGUUUUAAGUCAAUGGUGAACUCUCAUCCGCACCUCAUAGCGGAAGCGUUUCGGGCGUUAGCCACCCAACAAAUUCCACCGAUCGGACCGCCCAGGAAGCGAGUGAAACAGAGC